AUGUGGGAUUGUCUUUUUGUAAGUGCACCCUGGUUUGACGUUUCAAACUGUGAAAAAUUGCGAAUUGUUAUAAUUUUUAAUUUUAAAUGUGCAUUAAAAAUUAAUGCAAUUGGACAACUUUAUACCUCAUUUACAAAUAAAAACUAUUACAUUGAUUUUGAUCAAAAGUUUAAUUGGUUCGAUGCUAAUUAUGCCUGCACACAAAUGAAUAUGAAUCUGCUGGAAAUAAAAUCGGAAUCAAAAUCCCAUGAAAUUAACAUGGUACUCAAAAAUGUUGAAAAACAAACUAAUAUAGGCAAUCUUUGGAUUGGCGGCAUUUGGACAUUAUAUCCGAGUAGGAACCUUGUUUGGCUGUAUACAGGGGAAAAAUUCAGUUACACUAAUUGGAUUGAUUACAAUCCAGAUUUUAACAGAAAUGAUGAGUUUUGUGUCGAAUUGAUUAAACGUGAAAAUUGGAAAUGGAAUGAUAUCGACUGUACAAAUAGGCUUGGCUUUGUGUGUGAAUACAGCAAAGAAAUGGAAAUUCCAAAAAAAUUGGAAUAUGAACCACAAUUUAAAGAGGAAGAAUUAAAUGCAUUGGACGACCUAGAAGAAACCGAGUGUAAUAACUUACAGAAAGAAAUUAUAGAUUUGAAAGAUAACGAAAAUGAAUUGUUGCUACAGUUGCAAAAUCUUACAGAACAAAAUAAGCAAAUAGAAAAAGAUUUGAAAAUGGAAAUACAAAAAUUGCAAAAUGAAAUAAAACAGUUAAAAGAACAAGAAACGGAAACAAGGAACCAACAUGAAGUGAAGCUACAAGUUGAAAUUACAAAGCAACAAAUUUUACAGAAAGAACUAGAAAAUUUACAAAAACAACUUCAAAAAUUUAAAGUAAGCGAUUUAGAAAAACAUCUACAUAUUGCACAAUUACUGAAUCAGCCACAGAAUGAAAACCAACUUAACGAUACAAAUGGGCCAAAUAACAUUUAUGUUUAUUCACCAUACUUUAUAUUUUUGAAUAGCGUUAAUAAUUCUACCAAUAUUUAAAUAUAUAAAAUAAAUAAAUAAUUUAUAUAAUUAUAUAAAUGAAAUUCUCUGAUUUAAAAAAAUCCCAUCUCUGAAUUAAAAUUAUAAAAUAUACAAGAUUGUUUAAUGAUAACAA